AUGCCGAUCAAGAACCAGCGCAAAGGAUGCGAGGAGGGUAACCCCAACCCCUCCUCCACACCCGCAGCAGAGCCACUGGCAAACGCAGAAGGCACGCAGAGGGAUACCGCUGAAGGGACUCCUAUGGAGCCACCCAGCGAGACGUACCUCUUCAACUGCCGCGCCGCACCGUACUCGAAGCUGAUAUACGUCUACAAAGGUAUCAUGUUCACAUUGAUUCUCUACGCGAUCCGCUUAGCGUACCAGACUCGCAUGCUAUCCGUUCAGACUUAUGGCUACAUCAUCCACGAGUUCGACCCGUGGUUCAACUACCGCGCCGCCGAGUACAUGUCCGCGCACGGCUGGUCCGCCUUCUUCAGCUGGUUCGACUACAUGAGCUGGUACCCGCUGGGCCGCCCUGUUGGCACCACCACGUACCCGGGCCUGCAGCUCACCGCCGUUGCCAUCCACCGCGCAUUGGCAGCUGCCGGGGUGCCGAUGUCUCUCAACAACGUGUGUGUGCUGAUCCCCGCGUGGUAUGGUGCCAUCGCUACUGCUAUCAUGGCCCUCAUGGCCUUCGAAACGACUGGCUCGAUCGCUGUUUCUGCAUGGGCUGCACUCCUCUUCUCCAUCAUUCCAGCACACCUGAUGCGGUCCAUGGCGGGCGAGUUCGACAACGAGUGCAUCGCCGUUGCAGCCAUGCUCCUCACCUUCUACUUGUGGGUACGCUCGCUGCGCACGCGGUGCUCGUGGCCCAUCGGCAUCCUCACCGGUAUCGCCUACGGCUACAUGGUGGCGGCGUGGGGCGGAUACAUUUUUGUGCUCAACAUGGUUGCCAUGCACGCCGGCAUAUCAUCGAUGGUCGACUGGGCUCGCAACACGUACAACCCGUCGCUGCUGCGCGCAUACGCGCUGUUCUACGUUGUCGGCACCGCCAUCGCCACGCGCGUGCCGCCUGUGGGGAUGUCGCCCUUCAGGUCGCUGGAGCAGCUGGGUGCGCUGGUGGUGCUCCUCUUCCUGUGCGGGCUGCAGGCCUGCGAGGUGUUUCGCGCACGGGCCGACGUCGAGGUUCGCUCCCGCGCGAACUUCAAGAUCCGCAUGCGUGCCUUCAGCGUGAUGGCUGGCGUGGGUGCGCUUGCAAUCGCGGUGCUGUCGCCGACCGGGUACUUUGGCCCCCUCACGGCUCGUGUGCGUGCGCUGUUCAUGAAGCACACGCACACUGGCAAUCCGCUGGUCGACUCGGUCGCUGAGCACCACCCCGCAGACGCGCUCGCCUACCUGCAAUAUUUGAACAUUGUGUACGUUUUGUGGGUAUUUAGCAUCCCUGUGCAGCUGAUCCUGCCCACCCCUAACCUGUAUGCGAUUCUCUUUCUCCUCGUGUACAGUUGCAUGGCGUACUAUUUCAGCACUCGCAUGGUGCGCUUGCUCCUGCUGGCUGGCCCAGUGGCGUGCCUUAGCGGGAGUUUGAUGAGUGGUACGCUGACGAAGUGGUGCUUUCAACAGCUGUUCUGGGACGACAACCUGCGCACCGCCGAUAUGGCGGCGGCUGGUGAUACUCCGUUUUCACAAGAGGACCACCCCAACAGCGGUGCACGCGCCCGACGGAACCAGCAGAAACAGAAGGCGACCCAGGCUCCUGCCAGAGGCUCAAGCACAGGCGACGAAGAACGACGUUACACAUCACUAAUCCCUUUUGACUUCCGCAAGGAGAUCAAGAUGAACCGCUGGCCGACCGGAAAAAAGCAAGCCACGUUCAUCAUCUCUGCCACCAUCUGUACCGUUCUUCCGCUUGCCUUUGUCUACUACUUCUCAUGCACUUCCAUGGCAAACUCCUUGUCGAGCCCACAGAUCCUGUACCAAACCCGUAUGGGGGGCAAGACGAUCAUGGUGGCUGACUAUCUCGAGUCAUACGAGUGGCUGCGCGACAACACGCCAGCGGACGCGCGCGUGCUGUCCUGGUGGGACUACGGCUACCAGAUCACAGGCAUCGGCAACCGCACCUCGCUGGCCGAUGGCAACACCUGGAACCACGAGCACAUCGCCACCAUCGGCAAGAUGCUGACGUCGCCCGUGGCGGAGGCGCACUCACUGGUGCGCCACAUGGCGGACUACGUCCUCAUCUGGGCUGGGCAGGGCGGAGACUUGAUGAAGUCGCCGCACAUGGCGCGCAUUGGCAACAGCGUGUACCACGACAUCUGCCCCAACGACCCGCUUUGCCAGCAUUUCGGCUUUUACGAAGACUACAGUCGCCCAAAACCGAUGAUGCGCGCGUCGCUGCUGUACAACCUGCACGAGGCCGGACGAAGCGCGGGUGUGAAGGUGGACCCGUCCCUCUUUCAGGAAGUGUACUCAUCCAAGUACGGCCUGGUGCGCAUCUUCAAGGUCAUGAACGUGAGCGCGGAGAGCAAGAAGUGGGUGGCUGACCCGGCAAACCGCGUGUGCCACCCGCCUGGGUCGUGGAUCUGCCCCGGGCAGUACCCGCCGGCGAAGGAGAUCCAGGAGAUGCUGGCGCACCGCGUCCCCUUUGACCAGAUGGGCAAGAAGCACGACGACACGCACAAGGCGCGCAUGGCACGCAGCAGAACACUGGGCGAGGCUUAA